AUGGAGAACCAUUGGUUAUAUGGCAGCAGGACACCGAGUACUUCGAACAGAAGUCGACGCACUGCACGCUCUGUUAGAAGUGCCAAAGGAAGCCGUUUACGAAGUCGUCAUGGACGAUAUCUUUCUACACGAGAAAAUGACACACAGGAAGCGGAAGAAGAAGACGCCCAAUCACCACCAAGAUACGAUGUCACGUGCAAACCACAUGGUCUAGCAGUGAUUAUUGCUGUGGAAAAUUACAACAGAGACGAGGACUACAGACUAAGUCGUGAAUUGCCGACAAGACCCGGUACUCAAGAUGAAGUCGCUCGACUUCGUAGAAUACUGGAAGAUCUCGACUACACGGUACUGGUCUAUCCCGACCUGACAGCAUGUCAACUUAAAAUGAAAUCUGACAUGAUUGCUGAAAAGGAUCAUACGUCAUACGAUUCCUUUAUUUGUUGUGUUCUGUCACGUGGCACAAAUACACAUGUGUACGGAUCGAAUGGAAUUCCUGUCAGACUUCAUGACUUUAUUGGGAAUUUUACCGGAAGUCGAUGUCCUUCACUUGGUGGCAAACCCAAAUUAUUUUUUGUCGAAUCUCAUCCUGCCCCGAAAGUGAGAAUUGAUCGAAUGCACGAUGUUACGCACGUGUACGGAGAAAAACUACGAGUCAGAUUUAGCGGAUAUCAUUUGGAUCUGAAAUGUGAUUUCAUUGACUCUGAUCCAGUAGUUGACAUGGAAACCGACCCAAGUGACUUAGAUUUUCUUGUUGCAAAAUGUGUGUGGAAAUAUCGGACCAGGUAUCCUCCUCUUGGGUCUUCAUUUUUGACCCGAGUUGCGCAUGCGCUAGAAAGAGCCAAUAGUAAAAGAGAUAUGUUCCCUGCCAUCAACGAAGCUGUUACCGCGUUUAAGGAUGAAAUCGGUGAAAGUGAGGCAAACGUAAUGCUGACGUCAACACUUCGUAAAGAGCUUUAUUUGAGAACAAAUUGCAGAGCGAAAAGUGUGACAUUUCGUGAUUGAAAGGAGAGUUCCCACAAUUCCAGCCAUGUUGUCACGUGACACUGUACAAGUAGACAGUCUACACAAACACACUAUAUACUGUAAAGGGAGUAAUUAUUCACUGGGUUUUAAUUUGGCUUAUUUCGCUGACUGGAAAAUGCGCUAAAUAAAACCCAGUGAAUAUGUAAAAUUUAGCAUAGAACACAUUAUCUAAAUGACAAAACCGUGAAUUUAAAACCCACUGAAUAUGCCUGAAAUGAUAAAUCAGUGAAAUUUAAACCCAGUGAAAAUUAGUCAUUUUACAGUAUGAUGUCAAGGUCCCAUAAUGCAUUAGUCGCAUGCGAUGAAUCAUUCGAAAUAUUGUAGCAAAUUAAUUAGCCCAUACACAGAUUGAGAGGACGCAACAUUUUACAGUACGUCAGUGUUAGCCUGAAACCACGUGACGUUGUGAGAGUAAACGAUAUUUACAUUUGGUAAGUU